AUGGAUCCAGAGUUUAAGUCCAUCAUCUCUCACUUGACCAAGUUGAAGAAGGUCAUGGCUGAAAGUGAACAACAACCUGAGGAAUCCUACGCCAUCAAAUUACAAGGUGAUGUACCAAGAUACGUUCUUGGCCCUUUCUACCCACUUCAACCUCCAGAUGAAGUGGUGAGGAUUUGGGCCGAACAAAGUGAUGAUCCUCUGCCUUACCAUGGAGUUCGAUUGGAAAUCAACUUGGGAAGCCCUUCGACCUUUCAAAGGUUGGCCAUGAAAAACUUAUGA